GAGGCACUGCAAAGGAGGAAGUGAAGCAGCCAGAGAAAGUUGCGCAGUUCAGGUUAAAAAAAGAAGCUGGAAUAAUCUCCUGCAUCAUGAGCUCUGAAACAACUGGACAAACUAUAACAGUGAAGACAGGGGAAGCAGAAGCUGCUGCUGCUGCCGGUCCAGCUGCAGUGAAAGGAGAAUGGAAGUGUCCCAUGGGUGAUCGUCACAUCCACAGAGAAGAUGUGAAAAAUGUUUGGAAGGAGUGCCAAGAGGAAAGCUUCUGGUACAGAGCUCUACCCUUGUCUCUGGGUAGCAUGGCUGUCACUGGAGGCCUCAUCUACAAUGGCGUUUGGAAAGCAUCAAAGCGAUUUGGUCCAUUUCCAAAACUAGCAGUUGCUGGGAUCCUUGGUUUUGCAGUGGGUAAAGCAUCUUAUGUUGGAACUUGUCGAAGCAAGUUUCAGAAGAUUGGCAUUGAGGGUGGGCCAGGAUUUGGACGAGGUUUUGGACCUUGGUCUGAGGGGGGUCGUGGACACAGAUCCUGCCACCAUGUGUGUGAAGAAUGUAAGAAAAAAGCUCCAGAUGCACCUGCAGAACAAGUGAAAAUGUAGAGCCUCAUCGGAAACUCUUAAGGAUUGUCUGUCAGUGUGGAUCUAUGAGUUGCAGCUAUAAACAUCAUUAAAACAUGCAUAUAAUUUGUUUAAAGUAUAUGUUUUGAUUGUUUUUGUGUAUUGUACUAUACGUCACAUUCAUUAAGUAGAAACCAUGAUGUGCCACUAGGUGGAGCUACUACCCUUUCAGUCAAACAUCUUUGUAAUGUAUUUUCAGGAGCACAAAGUCUCUUGUAGUGGGUGCAACAUAAGGAUAAAGUUGAUUUCAUAAAUGGAGACAAUAUACUUUUAUAACAACAAACCAGCAAAAUAAAUGUUGCUUAAAAUAUU